AUGGGAUCUGCUUGUACGUCAAAUCCAAGCCCUCGGAAUCAUUCAUCCUCUCACAACUCAAGGCUCCGGACAAUGAAAUUGGGCAAUUUCACGUUUCAGUUGUAUGGUAACCAAUAUUUUAGAAAAUAAAAUUGUGGGAAAAGGCUGCAGAAGAACGCCAGCUUGGGAAACACAAGCCACAAGAGAAGAGGUGGACAAAAAACGCAAGGAAUUUUGGGAAACCAGGGUUGAUGGAAACCCUGAAGUUUGGCAAUUAUUAAAAGGUGCAAUAGAUGAGCCUCUGCCAGCAAAUUCUUUAGAAAUGAUAAGAUAAAAAAUGCGAAGUCGACGGAAAAUGAGCUCGAGACACACUACCUAUGAAGCAAUAAGGAACGUCCUGAUGAAGCUGAAAAUAGUGCCUCUGCCAUUUUUCGGAUUAGGCUUUUAAUUUUGGGGAUACCGAAGAGGGAAAUUUUGUUUCUCCCCAAAGGGCUUUCUCUGUCCCUGCCAAAUGGGCUAGACAGGUUUUGGUUCCCACUUAGUCUUUGCUUAUUGGGAAUAACGGGGCAUCCGCAAGAGGUGGCUCUAGCCUAGUAAUCCUUAGAUUUGGAUUUACGCCAGAUAGGCAAGCUAGUGGUCUAUCUACUUAUAGCCUUAUAGCACUUAACUUAGCAAUGAUACAAGCUGCAGGGCUUUCUUUAGCUGAUGGAGUUUUGAUGACUGUUUAUGACCAAGGGCAGCACCGCUAUGAAAUUCCUCCAUAUCUUAUCAAUGAGCCUGAGCAUUAUGGACCAGGUCUAGAUGUAAUAUCAAUAAAUCAGCCUAUAAAAGAAGAACUAAUUGAGCUGACCUUGAGGUCUACAAAAUAUAAAGAUUGGGUAGUUCGUAUCAGCAACUGCACAAAAGUUACACAACUGAAAGAAGAUUACGCGAGAAAUUUUGAUACCAAAGAUUUGAAAAUUAGGAUGUUUUCAAAUGGAAAGGAAUUAAAAGACGGAAAUACACUGGCUCACCAUAACGUUAAAGCAGGGAUGGUACUGCAAGUUGCAGUUCUUUAG